CCCCCCUUUCUCUUGGUUCUGAAUUAGGGUUUGGGUUCUUAUUAUAGCAUUUGCUAUUUGCUUGGUUAUGCAUUUGGUUCCUAGUGAAAUGAAGAAAAAUAAAACCAAAAAUUUUCGAAUUUUAUGGCUCUUUUGUUCUCAUUAUGGCUGCAUGGGCCUUGGUUCAGUGAAUUUUUAAUCAUCUGGUAACCUUAUUAGUUUUCUGCUAGAGAUUGAAUUUCUGCUUGAACCAGGACUUGAAGAAAUUUGUAAUAAUAGAAAAGUUUGUUUACAAACUAGAAGUAUCGAUAGCUCACUGCAAAUAAAGGAAUAAAGGGAAAAAGAAAGAUAAAUGUCUUUCCAGAAUCAAGGUUUUUGUAUGGCAAAAGGGUCUGACUCAAUAAAUGAUGGUGAGGUUAAUUAUGAUCCAUCUAGAAUUGAGCUUAAGCGUUCUCAUCAAUGGUUUAUGGAUGGUUCCGAGGCAGAGCUAUUUUUUAGCAAGAAACAGGCAGUGGGAGUUCCAACCAACAAUUUAUUUUCAGGAAUGUUAAAUUCAAAUAUUUCUCCAGGGGGGAAUGCUUCUAAUUUUCAGUCAAUCUCUGGCCAUUUUUCUGAACGGUUAUUUGAUUCUGAUACAGCAAGGAUGGCAAAUUUUGAUGACAGAAACGUUCCAUUGGUUUGCUCAGAAAAGGCUAGAAAGGUAGAUGAUGAUCCAUUUGGGAAUGAUUCCUCAUUUAAUUUAUCUAUGUCUCACACACUGGAGGAUCCUAGAUCAAGUUUAAGUUAUGGUGGGAUUAGAAAAAUAAAAGUUAGCCAGGUCAAGGAAUCUGAGAAUAUCAUGCAUUUGUCAAUGGAACAUGACUACAAUAGGGUUGAUAGCAAUAAUACUAUGUCAACCUCUCAUCCUUAUGAGAAGGGCGAAAAUACCAUAUCAAUGGGUCUUGCUUAUAACAACGGGGAUGGCCACAUCAUGUCAGUGGGUGAAACCUAUGACAGGAAGAGUAACAUUUUCAUUUCAAUGGGACAACCCUACAGCAAGGGAGAUGACAGUAGAUCAAUGAGCCAAACAUACAAAGAGAAUAACACUACCAUAGCAAUGGGUCAAACAUUUACUAAGGGUGACAACAGUAUCAUAUCUGUGGGUCAAACCUGCAAGCUAGAUGAAAGCCCCAUAUCAAUUGGCCACCUCUUCAGCAAAGGCAAUGACAGUACUGUUUUAAUGGAAUCCUAUGACAAAGGUGAUGACAACAAUUUGUCAAUUGGUCAGUCUUUUGAUAAAGGAGAGAGUACUAUAAUAUCCUUUGGUGGCUAUGAUGAAGAUAAUACAAAUCCCUCAGGACAGCUCAUAUCCAAUUAUGAUUUGUUGAUGGCUCAAUCUUCUCUUCAGAUUUCAGAAGUAAUAAAUGAGAAAGGGGUAGUCAAUUCAAAUGUGGAUGCACUUGCAUCUGCUGUCCAUACAACUGCCUCUGGAGCUGAAAAUGUGUCUAAGAAGAAAGAGGACCUAAAAACAUCUAAGAACGCUCCUCCAAACAACUUCCCUUCAAAUGUCAGAAGUUUGCUGUCCACCGGAAUGCUGGAUGGAGUUCCUGUAAAGUAUAUAGCAUGGUCACGGGAGAAGGAGCUUCGUGGUGUUAUAAAAGGUUCUGGAUAUUUAUGUGGCUGUCAGGCAUGCAAUUUCUCGAAGGUAAUUAAUGCUUAUGAAUUUGAGAGACAUGCUAACUGCAAAACAAAACACCCCAAUAAUCACAUAUAUUUUGAGAAUGGGAAGACUAUCUAUGGCAUUGUCCAAGAGUUAAGAAGCACACCUCAGAGUAUGCUGUUUGAAGUUAUUCAGACAAUAACCGGAUCACCUAUCAACCAGAAGUCCUUUCGACUUUGGAAAGAGUCUUUUCUAGCUGCUACUCGUGAACUUCAACGUAUAUAUGGAAAAGAUGAAGGGAAACCAUUAUAAUAAAGCAGCCUUGUUCAAGUUGUAAGGUAGGAUCAUUUUUGUGUUGUGCAUUUGAGUGAUCUUUUUGGCCACAACUUGCACUGGAUAAGGGUGGCUGCACAACUAACUUAAGAGCGAUGGGUGUUUGCAAAUUUGGGAACUGAACAUCAUGUUGGAAGUCGGAGACCAACAUGCAAAGAAAACUUUUUAAUCUUGUCACUGGAUUUAUGAGAGCAGCGCAUAGCCUGCAUUCUGAAGGGCAAAUGAAAUCCAAAAUUGUGCUACUUGGUAACACAAGGAAACUUUUUGUAAUUUUUCUGUGGUGAUUUCCUUCUUGUUAUUCUUUAUCACCAUCACAGGUUAUUCCUUUUUUCGAAUGAGUAGAUUACUUUUUCCAAAAUUUCAAACUGUCUUAUUUGUUGGGAUUGCUCCAUUCAACUCCAAUCCUGUGAGAACUACAUUUAGUUUCAAUUUGAAAUGAAUAUUUUGGUCCCCAUAUUUUAAACA